GUUCGGUUGAUCACGUUGUCAGUUUGAAAUGGUGUCCCACUCAAUAGUGUUUCAGUUUGCACUCAUAUCUGCUGUAUUACUGUGGACAGUACGUUCACAAAACUACGUCACCAAGUACGAUAACAUAAAUUUGGAUGAAAUUUUCAACAGCGAGCGAUUGAUGAACAACUACAUGAAUUGCUUGAAGAAUGUGGGUCCGUGCACGCCGGAUGGAAAAGUGUUAAAAGAUAACCUGCCCGAUGCGCUAAUGAGUGAUUGCGUGAAAUGCUCCGAAAAGCAGCGCAUUGGGGCGGACGAGGUGAUCAAGUUCAUCAUAGCCAACCGGCCGGACGAUUUCGCGAUUCUGGAGAAACUAUACGAUCCAACCGGUGUGUACCGGCGGAAGUACUUGCGACCAGACGGAACACUCCUCACCGAAAAUGGCGACGGCGAAAACACGUUCGCUGCCAGUGGCGACGGAGCGAAUGCGACCGAAGCCCACACCACCGAGCAUAAUCUAGGCCCGUCUCAAGAUCACGGCCACGGCGAUGGUCACCAGUUCGAGAGUGAAAACUGA